CGUGUUCCCCUCGGCCGGCCGAGAGUCAGCUGUUCCUCCCGGGCGGCGACACGUCGUACUGCUUGCUGUCAGCCUCACAGUAGGCCCAUGGCCCCAUCACCACCACAGCUGCUCUUCCUCUGAUAACAUGGGUUAGGAAGCUGCUUCGGAACCCCGAGAAGCGCUGGUUAGAGCCCGCGGGUCCCCGCACCUGCUGGAUCUCUCUCAAAAGCCUUCAGUAUGACUGCAACAACAAAUGAUAGUGGUGGUGGCUUCCUACGCACACGGCUGAGAUCUGCCCUUCACUCUUCAAAUGAUCUGUUAUCUGGCAUAUCUUCUAACAUCUCUUCUCGUCUCUCUGUGUUCUCUGCAGCAUCAGGAAAUUCCAAUGCAUCGUCAGAAAAAACUCCACCUGUUCCUGAGAAACCCCCAAGUACACCUCCCUUACAGCUUCCUCCUAGUCCUGAAGAAAGCCAUCGCUCUCCUACUAUGAAGGAGAUGAUCAAGGAAACUUUUAAGCUAGAAAAUCUACGAGAAUUUCGACCAACUCUAGAAGAACUAAUGCAGUCAGAAUCAUCAUCUGAGCCAUCGACACUCCCCACCAACACUCCUGAGUCACCAAAAACAGGUUUCCGCUAUCACUUAAAUAAUUUUAACCAAGCCAUUCCCAAGAAAUUUGUGGAUUAUAAGCAACUGGCAAUCAGAACCCUGAGUGGUGAUACUGGAGAGGGACCACUUGAUGAAAUCCAAGAAAUGAAUGCCUGUGCAAUCAAUGUGGAAUGUGUUGAUGACAAGAAAGAGGAGAAAGAUGCUGAUGCUGAAGAAGCACGUGAUGUUGUUGAGGGAGCAAGUACUUGUCUUUCCUCACGCUCUUUCAACUCGAUGCACUCUCUUUAUGCUACUGGUCCUGACCCCUACGACAAAUUAAAGUAUAGACAUGAUAUUAUCAGCAGUGGAACACCGAGUGAUGGCGAGGGUUUAGGUCAUUCGACAAGUCUAGACUCGACUGAUUCUGAUCCUCACAAAAAGCUGUGGAUCAGAUCAGAGGGCUUAUCAGGGUCUCAGACAUCCUUGCAGUCUUGGGCCUCCAGUCUGUCAUAUGAUAGUCAAGCAGAGGAUUUCAACGAGCCGAAGGAGUUCAUGCGAAAGUUUGUGGAAGAAGUGUUUAAGACGCCUCAUGUCAUUGAUGUAGACAGGAAAGCACGCUUUGGAGAGCUGGCUCAGACCGAACAUGGUAGAUUGUGGUUUGCACGCUGCAUCAAUGCCAAACGCUGCUGCAAGUGUGUGUCUGAGGCUUCUUUCUUCUCCCUCAUCCAGCACUUCUCUGUCAUGUUAUUUGAGUGCAACGAGGCAGAAGACUUUUCACCUGCCAAGAGCCUCAUGAAUAUGUGCUUUACUUAUUACCAUGAAGCGAUGACACCAGGAGGACAGAAUCGGAGUAAGGAAUUUCUUUAUUCCUAUCUCCGGCAACAGCCAAUCUGGAGAUCCAUACGCUUCUGGAAUGCUGCCUUUUUUGAUGCCCUCCAGUGCGAGCGUUCCCUUCGACCUGUGGUGACUCGAGAAGAAGUGGAGAGCAAUAGGUUACAAGCCGUAACAGAUGAACUCCAUUAUCAAGAGAAUAUCACCUUUGGCCAGCUUGGUACUUUCACAUGCAACAUGCAUGCUUUUGGUCUGUCUAAGGAGAUGGUAAAUGAAUUCCUUCGCAAGCAAGUAACCAUUGCUAGUCUUCGACCUGAUCAAGUCAAAUUGCUCCGUGACAAUGUUGAACGCAUGUACAGUGGAAAACAGGAAUGGCCAUAAGUGAUGCGAGUCUCGUCAAGGACAUGGAUUAGAAAUUUACCUUGAACAAUACCAGAGUACACUUGUAGCCAUAGCUUCCCUUUAUGUGUAUUCACUGAAAAGCAUUACAAAAAAUAAUGGCACAAAUGUAAUGAAUAGGAUACAUCAAGAAAGACAAUACAUAAAAUCUAUUGUAAUUUCUGUAUAUAAAGUGUAAAAUCCAUUGAACAGAAGCAGGAUUUUCAAAGAAAGUACAGUAUUCAUGAAUUAUAGUUAUGCAUGUUUUGUGAUUUUAUUCUUCACAAAAUGCAAACAAAACUAUUUAAUAGUUUUAGAAGCAAAUUUUAUAAGGUAUGAUCAUAUUUUAUGCAUACAGGUACAGUAUAUCUGUUCUAUCUCAGUUUGCAUAACCUGUUUUUCACUUAAAUUAUAUUUUUGAAGACUUGUUCCCUCCUGGAACUCGACAAACUUGAGAGUGGCUGGUAUUCACAAGUACAGUACCUGGUAUACUUGUCAAGAGAUAGGCAUGCUGAUAUGGAUAUUGUAAAGGGCAAGUAUUUGAUAAUUGGGUGCACAAUUUUUCAAAUUUCAAUAAUCAAUAUUCAAUGCCAAUAUCCUCUUUGGACUAAAAUUUUAUUGAAUUUUCUAUGGUAAUACUACUAGAUUGGUCCCAAAGCUAAUGUUGGAUUCUCAUUAGAACAUGAAACAACAGCCAGUGGGACUUUCAUUCCCUGAUGCAGUAUUUGUCUUCAAACAGGAAAUAGGGUAAGGGAGACACUGGAGAUUCCUCUAUUGAGAUUGGGACAGACUUUCUGAAGAUUUGUUCUUCUAUUCAUUAAAACUCUUCAGAGCAGUACUCUGUCCCAAAUAGACCACUAAGUACUACUAUUAAGUGGUUUGAGUAUAUCUUGAAACCAUUGGUUUCAUGUGCAGUGGGCUUGUGCUCUUACAUGGACACCUGUUUAUGUUCUGUAUACAGUUGCUUGCCUCUUGAGUGUUUGUUAGCUUGUUUCGCAGAGUUAUCUUCUUUGUUAGUUUUGUUAGUGGUUGAGCUGUGAUCAUUAUUCUGUAGAUUUAAAGGCUGUGACUCCAGUUCCGAAUUUCUUUAAUACCUCAUUCCUUGGAGGAAGGGAAUGGUGUGGGGCUGUGUGGCCAACUCAAGUGAUACUUAGAGGUCUGUUUGAGGUCUGUGCUUGGAGUAUAUUCAUGGCUGCAUAGAGAAACCUCCAGUAACUUUGUUAAUAGUUUGGCGGGGCAUACGAAAACACCACAUCUGCGUCAGGUAAUAAUUAUUGCACUGACUUGGCUGUUAUGUGCCCAUGUUCUUUUAAGAGUAGGAUUAUUGCUCAAGGGUGCAACUAAGUAACUGUUACAAAGAUGCAUUUUCUUUACAUUCACUUAUUUUUGUAUAGUGUGGUGCAAGAGAAUUGUGUUUUUUGUUUGCGCUAAGGGUGACAAAAACUGCCACACUAAGCCUAUGUUAAGAAAUAAAAAAUCAAAUAGUCAUAGAUGGAAAAGUUAAUGAAAUUAUGGUCUGAAAUAGUAAUGAGAUUUUAUCAAGACUGAAUUAUUAGGCAUGAUUUUAAUAUAAAACUUGUAAAAGUGCUAUUGAACAGUUUUGAAAGUUUAAUUGAGGAAAUAAAGAAUUGGUGUGACAUCGAACUUAAGAAUAUAGCUUUCAAAUCUCUCAAAUAAUUCUCAAGCCCACAAUAGACAAGGUGCGUCGUCUCGUCAGCUGUUUUUCUUGCCUGUGUCUUUAAGGACUAGAUCCGUAACUGAUAUUGUUGUGCUUGAUACCACAUUUAUUAAAAUUUAAUAUAUAUUGGGUAUUAUGAGCCAAUUGCUUUACUUAUACUGUAUAACUAAAUCACUUUGCAAAAUUUUCUGGUAACAUAUUUAACUGAUGCUGAUCAUUUUAGUCAAAGAAUUAGCAUUGAAAACAGGCACUGAUAAAAAGAAAAAAAUGGAGAAAAGUGGCCAAUGCAUCUUGCUGUAUGGUAAAAGUGUGAUGGGAAAUAAAGAACAUGAUAAAUGUAUAUCUUCGAUGUCUUCUUCCAUGCAUAAAAAAUAAUCGUAUCCUAUAAUAUUGAAGGGUUUGACAGUCUGUAGUUUAGCCCUGUUUGCCCCUCUUCCAUCCCAGUAUUGGUGAUAAUUUUGUGAUACUCUUAUAAACUCGUGCAAUAUUUCCAAAGACUAGGUGCCGUGCUUCGUCAGCAGCACAUUUUACCGUUUUGUUUUGAAAUUAUAUUUUUGUUACUAGUUUCAUUUAAUAGUUUUUAAAAAGACUACUGACAAACAUUUUUGAAAAUGGUUGUUGUAUAUGAUUUACUAACUAAAUUUGUUUUAUUUGCACGAAAUUUUACGAAUGUGAUAUGUUUUGUUAAUUGGUUUUCAUGACUAGUCUUGUUAGAGGCCUAAUGUCUGAGAUCAAUUUGCUGCAUAAUGUACUUUAAAGAUAGGCCUUAAUUAUUAUACACUUAGGUUUAAGGUAUUUCCAUCAUUGAGAAGUGCAAAGCAGAUGUUGCUGCUUGCACUGUCCUCUUAAUUAUUUUUGAUGCUAGUAAGUAUUCAUGUUGGUUAUAGUGAAAGCAUGAAUUAAAUGAGGUAAGUUUUACUAGUGACUUCCCUGGUUAUUGACUUCUAUACAUGUUUAAAAGGCAUUACUUCUUUAUGAAUAUACUGUGUUUAUGUGUUACCUUUAAGGUCAAUAGUCUAGUCUGCCCCAUAUACAAAGUGUGUGAGAUUGCUUAUAUGCAAGACAAACCUGAGAUAAUCUUUGGGCUUUGGAUAUGUCAUGGCUUGAGCUCUAUUUUUUGGAAAAUAUUUAUUAUUGAUGUGCCAAAAGUAAUCAUGUAACAUUAAAUCCUGACACGUUAUUUGUACUUUAAUAAAAUUUUAUUAUAGAAUAGCAUAGAGUACACUAGUUUCUAAACACCUAAUAUACACAGUAAUAUUUUAAAGAAAAAUCUGGUCUAAAUUCAUUGGUAGAGACAAGGGGGGGUCAGACAUUUUGAACUGGUUAUAAAAUUAAAUUGUGAUGCUUGAAAACUUAUACUGUAAAACUAAAAAAAAACCAGUGGAAAAUAAUUAUUGAUAAUGCUUUUUAAUAUUGACUUGAAAGUAAUAUUGCAUUAAUCUUUAUAUCUCAGUGUAAGAAAUAUUGCCUUUUAAACAAAUGACCUAUUUGUAGAUUGUGAUUCAGGUGAUUGCCUUUCCUAGAUUAUGUCAUGAGCUAUUUGGAUAGUAAUUUUUGAGACUUUCAAAUUGCUGAAUAAAGGGUGUACAUUGAUUUUGCCGUAACUAUGCAGUAAAGCUGUGACCUGCACAUAUUGAUACCAGUACAUUAAUAAAAUCUUAGUGCUAUAUUUGAGCACGAACUUAUAGAUAAUUACUGUAUUGUACUUGAUAUUAUUACGAGACUAUUGGUGGCGAUAUCCUGUAGAGGGGGUUUACCAGUACAGUAUAUGCUGAAUGAUGACAACAUGAGCAUCCUGGUUCUGUGCAUAAUAACACUUGUCUUGUCCCUUCAGUAGUGCUUGCAUCUUGGUAUUUUAUGCACUUUUCUCUAUUGUCAUUUUGUCUGCAUGUCAAUACAUUUGUCUUGUAUACAGCUCAUAGUUUGUAAAGAUGUGUUCCCACAUCAUUUGUUAUACUCACACCUGCACAUUUAUCCACAGUUGGGUUGCGGUCACUUGUAUUUGCACUUUCCUUUCUAGUUUCUAUGAUAAGCUUUGUAAUUCAGUGUAUGCUAAAUUAGUUGUUCUAUCCUUAUUUAUUCUAAACAUUCAACCAUACCUUCCAAGUAAUUUAUCUUUAAUAACCAAUUCCCAUUUUAAUAUUGUACCUUUUUAUUUAUUAUUCUGCAUUAAUACAACGUAUAAAGAAAUUCAUUAUGAUUCCUCACACAUCAAAGAUGGCAUCAACUCACCACUUCACUAGUGUCUUGCUUAUCUUUAGUGUUUUCUUCCUUCAACUAUAGGCUAAUGUUUUUACACUGUUGAUGUUUAGUAUGUUCGCGUAGUUAAAGCUCAUUUUGGAGAAAAGUGUUAUGCACCUAUUGAUUGAGGGUUUAAUUGAAUACAGUAUACAUAUGUUAUAAACUAUAUGUAUUGUUUCUGAUGCAUCCGAAUGUCAACCUCUCAAUCAAGAAAAAAAUAUUCUAGGUAGGAAGUAACUUUAUGAUAACAGAUAAACUCUACAUAUUGUUUACAGAGUAAUAUAUUUGACUCCUGUUCAGUGCACUCCUUGAAGUGCACUGAACAGGUAAUAUGAUUCACCAAAUUAUGUAGUCUUAUAAAGUGACCUAACAGGCUUCCUCUUCCUGAUAAGAAACCAAACCGCUGCUCUAGUACAGUAUUGUCAAACUAUUUUAGUUGUCUUUUACACAACUAGUUGUGUUUUAAUUUUGUAAUUCAUUUCAUUUGUACAUUAUGCUGCCGAAAUAUCAGGAGACCAUCUCUUUCUACAGUAUAUGUCCAUAAUGUGCCAUAAUGGGAAUUUAUCAAAAUGACAAAAUACUUUUUAUUCAUGUAUUUUUUCUAGAGAUUAAGCUCUUAUUUCUGUCAAAGUUACCAAUUCUUCUUAAAACACUGAAAAGUUAGAAUUAUUUGCCUUACAAUUUUGCAGUUUAAUGGUAUGGAGCAGACUUAUUGUUUUCAGGUGAUGAGGUGCAUUAUUUCUGUUUAACACUAUUGUACUUGUUAAUAUUUUCCCCAUGUAGUACACUGUCAUAUUUGGUACUGUACAAAACUUGCUGAGCUGUGACUGAAAAAAUUAAUUCUCUGAUCAGUAAAGGCAUGUACGUUGGGACCUGCCAAAAAAAAAAAAAUCAUCUUUUUGUCAAAUUGAAUAUGUUGACCAGACCACACACUAGAAAUUGAAGGGACGACGACGUUUCGGUCCGUCCUGGACCAUUCUCAAGUCGAUUGUGACUUGAGUCGACACAAUCGACAUUCUUAAGUCGACACAAUCGACUUGAGAAUGGUCCAGGACAGACCGAAACGUCGUCGUCCCUUCAAUUUCUAGUGUGUGGUCUGGUCAACAUACUUCAGCCACGUUAUUGUGACUCAUCGCCUGCAAAUUGAAUAUGACACGAGAUUCUACUUACAUACCGUCUUUUAAAACAAUAAUUAUUGUGUGUAUGGAGAACUGAACUGUGUGUGUGUGUGUGUGGCUGCAUCAACCAUGAUCGUGUUGCAGGAUUGUUAGAAACAUUUUGAGGUAAAGUACUCCUUAACAGUUGUGUAUGGUGGUGAAGUAUUAGUAUCAUAUGUUAAUGUUUCAAAGUAAUCUAGUUUUCUGUGUGAUGUUAAAUUCUGUCUUUUACAAAACAAACUCCCACAGUAAGUUUACUUUUUAUUAUUUCAAUCUAGAUUUUCUCCAGAUAAAUAAAAUUGUCGAGGGAAGUGCUUUGAGACCCGAUAUGUUGGCAAGUAUUUUAAAAUGAUACAUGACACACCUUUUUAAAAUGAUACACGACACCUGUGUUCUUUACUGUACUGUACUAGUCAUUUACUCGUGCUCCUUACAUCCACUCCCCAAUUUCAUGGGGUGGGAAGGGUUCCACCUGGAGCAACACGAUAAAUACUGUACAGUACUAUAAUAAAAGUAGGUUGUUUAUAUUAAAAACAUAAAAAAUCACUUAUCUUUGUUAAAGAUUGCCUAGUCUUUAGACAGUUUGUGAUUUUAUCCAGUAGUGUUGUGAAUACAAGCAGUUCAAUAAAAACUUGUGUGAAAAUACAAUAGCUAAUCUAAUAAGUUUUGAAUAAAUUUAUAUGUGCUUUAAAAUGGUAAAUGGAAAUGACAAUGUUCCUUGGAUGCCUUUCAAGUUUAAAUGCAAAGAAAGACAAGGAUAUCACCUUGUUUAAAAUUUAAAAAAACUAAAUUGUCUACACAACCACUAGCAGGUAAAUGACUUUUUAUAUAGCAAAAUAAAAUGUACAGUAUUUGCAUUAUGACAAAUGGCUUGAAUUUCUUUGCAAUUUUUCAAUUACAGUACUGUAUAGACAAAAAAUUCCAGUAAAUGUGGCAUUAAAUAGGUAUUGGAUAUAUUGAGUGUGAUAAUUUGAUAACUCAUUGUGUUGGGGGACAGGCAGCCAGGAUAUAUAUACAUGUUAGGCUUAUAUCGAGGUCCCUCCCUCCUUCCCCCAUGGUCGAAUUAAUGACUCUCCCUAGGAAGCAAGCUCACAACAAGCUGACUAGCUCCUGGGAACCUAUUUACUACUAGGUGAACGAAAAAAAAAAGGUGAUAGGAAAUACACCCAGCCAUUUUUGUCUUACCUGGGAUUCAAACCCAGAAUUCUCUAUUGCAAGUCAAGACUGAACCCAACUGUGCUACGAGAACAUGUGAUGUUAGAAAAUAAUGGAAGAUUGAUUUGCAGUAUGUAAAUAAGUGUAAGAAUAGAAAGAUAUUAAGAAUUGUGUGUGUAGGUAUUAAACAAACACAUUGGUGAGAGUAGUCAGGUGAAACUGUUACUCCUGACAGUGGAGAGGUAUUCAGGGCCAUUGAAAGAUAUGUUAAGUGUGAUCUAAGUGAUAUACAAGUGUUUAGAGUUAAAUACUGUGCUGCAGUCUUGUGAAUGGUGCAUCAUGUACAUUUAGAUUUAGAGGAUAGCAUAACAUUAUGGUUGCAUGAACUGUACAUUAUCGUACAUUAAGAAAUGUACUGUAAAUUCUCAGGACUGGAUAUUACAUAAUAUUUUCUUCACAACCAAAUACAGUUUCUACAAGCAAUAUUACAGCAUUUUAUAUUGUAUAUCUAUAAAUCUGUUGCUGUGAAAGAAGAGCAUUGCAUUUAGUUUCUAAAUGUCAAAAUGUUAUUACUAGUGUUGAGGAAUGUUGUGGUAAUGGAUUUGUUCAGGAUGCUUGAUAGUCUUCGUACUCCUCAGUCAAUAUAUAUAUAUACAGUACUGUAUGUAUGUGUAUAUAUAUAUAUAUAUACUGUAUAUAUAUUGUAUGUAUAUAUAUAUAUUAUAUAUAUAUGUAUGUGUGUAUAUUAUAUAAUUAUAUAUAUAUAUAUUUAUAUAUAUUAUAGUUGUGUUUUUAUUUAAAAUUAUUUAAAAUGUUAAAUGUUGUAUGUAUAUGCACUAUUGUGCAUGCACAAUAUUUACUUUUUCUUUAUGGAAAAUGUAGCAAAUUGUGCACAGGAUGUUGUAUCAAAGUGUUUUCCACUGUGAAAUCUUUGUGUAUACAGUACAUUAUUUUCAUGGACAUUAUUAAGAAAACAAAUAACUUUGAUGAGUCUUAAAAACACUGAGUGAUUAUUUGUAUUUGGAGGUUAAGACUAAUUAAUAAUUUACUUGCAUCUGCCAUUGUUUAACGAUGACAAAGUGAUGAGGUGAGAAUAACUUACAUUAUUAUUCUAUCGCUUAUUUAUUUUUUCACAACUACAUUAAUUACAGCCCAUCCUCCAAUAAUGAUACUGUAGUACUUAUAGCAACUACAGUAUUUGGUAAUACGUAAAAGAAGUGGAGUAUUAGAUCCAAAGAGUUCAUGUUUUUAUAUUACUGUAUUACAUUAGCCCAAAUAACAUAGAAAAUUGAAAGUACCUAAACAACUUAAUCUAACCUGCCCAAGCAAUCUUAGGCCUAAUUUAGCACAUAUGUUAUAUUAGGCCUAGGAAUGUUUUAAGUCAUUUGCAUGCCCUCUACAAAGUUAACACAAAACAUGAACAUUGUUGGCUUUAACAAUUCAGCUUUGUAUGUUCUACCAAAUAAUUGCCAGUACUAUAAUUUUAUGAUGGAUCGAGUAAUUGGUAUAUAUACUGUGUACAAUACUGAGUACAAAAUAAUACACAGUAUUGUGUAUUGUUCUCUCCAGGACCUCUUCUGUCUGGCACACAUGCCUAACUGAUCAUGACAUUACUGUCACAUUUCUUUAUAUAUAUUAUAGCAUUAAAAUUACAUUUUUCAGUUUAGCUUUGUCAGUUAAAAUUUCUCAUUAAUGAGUAGAAUUAAAGUGCCAUUUGAAAGUAAAAUCAAAGUAAUUUAAUAAUUUUUUUCAUUCACUUUUAUAUUAUAUAGAAACCAAGGAUUUACAGCAUCUUAAGUUACACACUACUUACAGUAGCAUAAAUGCAGAAUGCCAUAAAUAACAGGAAUUUUAAUGAUGCUUAAGUUCUUUUCAUUUUUUCACAUGGCUUGCCUCAAGAGCAUUGAUUAAGCAUUAUCAUAGAAGGUAAAGGGAUACAAAUUUGUAAAACACUUGUAGUAUUUGUGCGUGUUUCUUUGGGCAUGCACACGCAUAUGUUAUGGCCUUGCUGUUUUGUAUUUGAGUAGACAUGAAUGGGACACAUCUUUUAUGUGAUAUAUGAUGGGCAUGCGUACAGGUUGCAAGUACUGUACCUCACUAUGCCGAGUGCCACAGUUGUGUGGGCAUCCUACAGUUUACCUCACUAUGGUGAACAAAUAUGACUGUACAUGCAAAGCUAGAAUAAUUGUGGAGCUGCUCUUUAAUUCCAUUUCCGAAAAUAUUGUUUUACGGUAAUAAAACCUUAUUAAUCAAAUUCUUUGUUGAACUGAUGCCAUAACUCUCCAAACAGGUAAUACAUCAUGCUGGUUAUAAUAUAUUGGCAUCAUAUGUAGUUACUGUAUUUAGAUUUCUGUGGCAACCUGUUUAUUAAUAAAUUCACAUUUUUAAUAAUGUUCAGGCUGUUUGUUUACUGCACAAGGUAUAAUUCUGUUUCCUUGAAAAAGUUCUUGUGUUCAUGAUAUACUAAUUUCGUGAUUAUAGUACUGUAGUAGUAAAAUAUUGUAAUUUAUUGUUUUUAUUAAUGAUACUUUUAUGUUUCUGCCUGUUCUUGUCUGUAUACUGAAGAUAAAUUAAGUUUAAAUUUACGUAUAAUCUUAACCUAGCGACAUGUACAAUAAAAGAAGAAACGACAAUAUUUCGGUUUGUCCUGGACCAUAAUCAGGUCUUGUACACAACUUGAGAAUGGUCCAGGACGAACCAAAACGUCUUCGUUUCUUAAUUUUCUGAUGAUGUGUGGUUUAGACAUUAUAUCCUCAGCCAUGUUGUGACAGUCUGCAUAUGUACUCUACAGUAUACACAAAUAUAAAACAAAACUGGUAUUGUUACAUUUGUAUUUAAUAUAUUUUUUCUAGUAAAAUAUUAAAAUUUGGUAAUUAUAAAUAUACAGUAUUAAAAUAUUUUCAAGCUUCAGUCUAAUAUUAUUAAUGUGCAGAAGUAAAUAUGUUUUUCAAGCAUUAUGUAUAGGACUUGCCUUACUCCUACACAGGUAGUGUACACAGGUUCUCUCCCAGUAUGAAUAAAUUAUAAGUUACCAAAUAAACAAAGAAAAUUGAUUAUUGCAAAAACAUGUGCACUUUUAAUGUUAAGAGAGAGAAAAUAUAAGUUAAGAUUGCUGACAAUGUUUUGAUACAGAAGUCCAGAGCUUUUAAGACUUUCAAGCAAUACACAUUUAACUUAUCUGGCAUUGCUGUAUAAAGAUGAGCCAAACUGAUCUUUGGAGCAGUGUUAUAUUAGUGUGGUGUGGGGGAAUGCAUUACAUGAUGUGGACAAGGAUGGAUUUUAUAUACAAGGAUUACAGUACCAAAAAAUAUGGAAGUGGGCAGUUCAAUACCUAAGGCAGUCCUACUGUAUAAAUGUGUAUUUUUAAAAGUAAUUAACUUUAAUUGAAAAUAACUUGAAUUGACUCUCACACUACACAGUCGCUGUGUCCUGUGAAGGAUGUGGGCAAGGGUCGGUCGUGUCCUACGAGGGGUGUAGGCAAGAGUUCGUUCUAUGUUGUGUUGUAGGUACAGUAUUGUUUUCAAAAACUGCUCUUUUUCUACUUUCCUCUCAAUUUCACAAACAUUCAAGAAAUAUAUGCAAGAUCAUUUUUAUUACUUUUCCAUGAUUCUCAUUACAAUGUACUAGAGGUCUGAUAAUUAGGAAAUAGCAUGGUAGAAAUCCGUCCCAUAAUCUGACAUUCACAAGAUAAAUAUACUAUCCAAAAAUAGUAAGAGGGGGUUUGUUAUUAGAAGUAAUGGCAGUUUCUAAAAAUUUUAUAUUUAUUAAAUCCAUUUCACUUCACAGAAUUGCUCAGAAAAGUAAUUAGAAUUUAAAAACUGGGAAAUUCUAUUUUCCGAGUUUAACAUUCCUUAUUCACCACAAAUGUUCUAUAUUUUAAGUACAGUAAUUUUUUUUUAUUUUGUUACUGUACUUAUCAAUUGUUGACAAAGUUGCAUUCCAUAUGAUUAUAAUAAUGAUUAUGAAGUCUACAAAAGUUAUUUCAUGAAUAGUUAAAAGAAUGUAAUGGCUAUUCAUAUAUUAAUAGAAAUUUCCUCCUUUGUUGACAAUCUUCAAAUAUUUACAAAAACAUUUUGUUGAUCUUAUCAUUGGCCUAACUGCUAAAGGCCCACUUCAACUUUUGCACACUGUACUAAAAUCUGAAAGCGAGAUGAAAACCCUCUGUUGAUGUAUGAAUUAACAUACUGGUAGUUUUAAGUAUUGUACUAUAUUAUGAUCUGAAUACCAAUUUGUGGUCCAUUAUUCAUGUUGAGCUUGAGAUGGGUCUUAAGGAGUAUGACGAUUAGCAACAUAUCUCGCAGUAAGGCAGAUAUAAGAUAUUGAUGCAAAUUUUAUUUUCAGACUAAUAUUCUUACAAUCACAUACUACAAUCAUUGUUAUUGUUGAAAUUUGUAGUUACUGUCUAAUGCUAUAAUUAAAAUAAAGCAUUGUCUAA